AUGAAUAAACGGCAUUCUUCAGUCGACUCAAAAAUAUCUCGACCUUCGUCAAAUCCUAAAAAAUCAUUACCUCCAAUAUCAAGCAAGGCUCGAGAAGUGAGCCAACAAAUUACAAGGAUGACCCCACAAGUUACUUCCCCAGAAUUUAAUUUCUAUGUGUUUCCUAAUGAGAAAUCCCAAACAUUUUAUGAUCCACAAAACAUUCGCAAAUUUUUCAAUCAGACUCCUCGAGAAACAGGAUCGAUAUCUCCUAAGUGCAGAACAGCUGGAAUUUGUUCAAAAUCAGUUAUACUAUUAAUCAUAAAUAGCCUUCAUGUAGUCUUUAUAUAAAUCAAUGGAAUAUAUAUAUAGUAGUUGUGUAUAACUACUCACAGGAUGAUAUGAUAAUUUCUGAGUUCAUGGAACCGAAAGUUAAAUCUAGUGGAAAGCAAACGAAAUGAGAAAUGCUAGAAAGAAUUGAGUCAUAUGAAAUCCAAAAAUCUCAAAAAAAAUCAGUUAAAUCCUUAUCUUCAUUAACUGAAGAGUUUGAAUUAUGGCAACAAUGCUAUGAUGAAAUCAUUCCUAUGAUGAAAACUCACUCCCAAGAAUCAGCAAGCUCCGUUUCCAGAAUAAACUCUCAUAUGAAAAAUUUGUUUUUAAACAUUUUUGAAGAAUUCAAAACUCAAAACAAAAUAAAUAAAGUUUCCAAACUUUCAUUACAGAAGCAAGUCAAAGAGCUAGAAUGUAAAAUUCUUGAACUUCAAGGGGCCUCUGAAGAGCUUGUAAAAUCGAUGAGAAUUGAAGAAGAAAAAAUCAAAGCAGAAAUUGAUGAACUUUUUGGAUCUGAUGAUAAUGAGUUUCAACAUCUUAAACAAAAGGCGAAGAGACUUUAUGAGAUCCAAAGUGGAGCUACUACAGAAGUUUUAUCUGAACUGUAUCAAGAAAUGAGCAAAGAAAGAGAAAUUCCGACACUGAAAAUUUUUGAUAUGAAUUUAUUAAAUCCUGAUGAAUUAGAAACUGGAUUGAUGAGAAAAUUUAAAAUUUUACAGAGAAGCACUGCACAUAGAGUUUUAAAAGUAUUCGAAAACAGAUGUGACAGAUCUGAUGCUGACUGUCAAACUUAUGCGCCUUAUGUGGACCCAAAAACCUUAGAAGAUGCAAAUGCACAAAUUGAAAAACUGCAAGGACAAUUUCAAGCAGCCUUAAAUAACAAUGAAAAGAUCAAAGGAGAACUAUCAAAUAAGCAAUCUUUAGCUAAUUUUCUAGAGCAAGAAAAAACAAAUCUAGCAAAUGAUUUGAUAAGAGUUAAAAGAGAAAUAGAUGGAUGCAUGAGUGAAUUGAUAAACGUAAAGAGAGAUAAUGAACUUUUGAAAAGUGAGUUGGAAAAUUUAAAAAAAGAAAACAACGAAAAAAUUAUGGAAAAUUCAUUAAUGCAAGAUAAACUCGAAAGUCAAUAUGGAAAAAUCACACAACUGAUGAAAAAUAUUGAAAAAUUAGAAUUUUCAGUAAAAGAGAAAGAAGAAAAGCUAAAAUAUUUGGAAGAAAGAAAAGGAAAAAAAGGAGAUAAUAAAGAGCAAGAAAGUCCUCAAGCAAUAACAGAACACCUAAGAGGCUCAUCUCCAAUCAAUUCUUCUCGAAAUUCAAAGCGCAAUGGGAGUGAGAACCAUUCUAGGCAGACAUCCAGAGACAAUGAAUUAAAUGAAAGUAAGCUUGGAGCUUCAGAAGUUAAAAGAAUAAGACAAGGAAAUAAAAAUAAUGAAGACUCAGGAUCGAACUAUGAAAUUGAUCAAAUCGACCAAGAGCGAACUAUGGACCACAAAACAAUUAAAAAGCGAUCUCCAAUAAGAACCAAAAAUGAAUAUAAAGAAAGCUCGUCUAAUAAUUCUGACUCAAACUCCACUUUAGGAGAGCACGAAACUUUGAAUAGAAAAGAAAAUAAAUUCAACUCAACUUCAUACAGCAGAGAUCAAACAAACUCAGAGUCUGCAAGACCCUUAUCAAAAUUGAGUACAGACACAAAUAAUUCCCAAUCAACUAUAGUUUCAUCUCAUAGGCCUCGCCAUAAUCAGCUAACAAAAGUGGAAGAAGCCCAGUAUGAAACUUCAAACACCAACUUAAAAUCAGAUAAAAUAAAAAUAAAUAUCCCAGCACAAUCUCCAAAGAAUAAAAAUCAUCCUCAUGAAAAUUCCGAAGAAACUACACCCUCCUCUCCAAAUAAACCAAAAUUCAAAAUUAAUAAAAACCCUCAAAGUAGUAGCCAAGUGAAUGAUGAAGAUUUUUCUAUGAGAUGGGAAAAUCAUUCAAUUCCUUCUUCAGAACCUCCACAUGAAGACUAUUUAAAGCCAGUCCCAAGAAUAAAAAUUGGAGAAAAUGGAAAUUCAGUGUCUGUCACUGAUGUUGCUGUCAUGACAACCUCUGAUUUAAAAAUGAAAGAUCUUAAAGAGCUUUCCAUUGGAGUACAAUACAAUUGGGAAAAUCCUGAUGCAGAUAUAGAAAGCGAAAAUACUCAGGAUGGUGGAAAUUUUGUAUAUCUUUUACCAUAUAAUCCUAAUAAUGUAUAUGGACUAAGAGGAGACACAUAUUUCCACACAACAAAUAAAUCGUUCUAUGCGCAGCCUGUGAUUCCAGAGCUAAAAGACUCAAUGGUUUUCCAAAGCUCCUAUAUUAUGGAUGAUGCAGAGAAAUCAUUUGAGAGAUCACGAUUAAGACAUAACAAAAGACUCAGCUUAGAUAGAGUUAUUGUUAAAAAUUCCCAAUAA